AUGCAAUUCAUCAAUACUGACCUUAGUGAUUUACCUGCAUGGGUAGCUAACGAGAAGUUGAAGGAAAAUGCAACUACAUAUAAAUAUAGUAGCUAUUACAAUGAAGUGUACGAUAUAGAGAAAAAGUAUAAAUUGAAUAGCGAUUUAUUUAAAAAUCUGAGCAAAAAUAUAUGGUGGGUACAUCAGGAGGAUGCUGCUACGGACGAAUUCGUUAAGAAGCGUUGCUAUGAUUUAAAUUACUGGUUAUGUGAUGAGGUAUAUAAUAAGCUUAAAGCUUAUGGACUUGAGGGAGAUCUGGAGAAUGUUAUUCGUAGGAUUCAUAGUGUAUGGACAAAAAUUGUUGAAAAGGAGAUUCCUUAUAAGGAUUAUAAAUGCUAUCCUGAUGACAAAUUAAUUUUUAACAUGAGUUAUUUGAAGGAUAUUAAGGAUUUAUUUGAUUUUUUUGAAGAUUUUGCAUCAACGAAAAGGGAUAUUAUCGCGAACACAGAGGAAGCUUGCCUUAAAUACCAGACUCAUGUAAAGAAGAGGGUUUUAUUUGUAAAAGAUAUAUUGAUGAUUAUGAAAAAUAUCGCCCAGCAGGUAUUUUGUUCCAAUUAG